AAAAGGUAGAAUUUGCGGCGGGUUUGGACAAGUCCUUACCAAUGGGAGAGGCUGAAGUCCAAUAGGAAAGGAGGAGGUGCUCAGCUAUGGCGGGGCUGUCGUUAGAUUGACAGAGGUUGGAGCCAAUGGUAGGGAGCAAGCAGCGCCGAAGGUGCAAGCGGCCUCGUUGACGGACAGCCUUUCAGGCCAAUGGAAAGAUGAGAGGGACAGAAAGUGUGAGGUGGGACUCAGGGAAGAGACGGUGUUCAUCUCUCCGAUUGGCUAAAGCGGAGGACAGACAUAAUUGAUAACCAAUAGGGAAGGACUGUGGAAAUUUUGAUUCGGCCGAAUUUCUGCGUCGCGGGGUGGGAGGAGACUUGGCUGACAGACAGCUGUGUUGACCAAUUGAGGAGUGGCACAACGCGAAUGGCUUAACCCCUCGACAAACAACCUCUGGGACCAAUGGGAAUGUGGGUAGGUUGCAAGGAGGCCGAUUUCCGGCUGACGGACACUUAGACGGGCCAAUGAGCGCAGUAAGGGUGCGGCGGGAAGCGCCGUAAAUGGCUGGAGCUGGUUGAAAGGCGGCCGCCUAGUGGGCGGGUGGUGCUGACUGACAGCCGGUCUGGCCAAUAGAGAAGAGCGGGUGUCGCUCGGAUUGUCCGGGAGGCGGGUGGUGCCGAUCUGCUGAUUGACAGCCGGUCUGGCCAAUAGCGAAGGGAGAGAAAAGCGGGUGUCGCUCGGAUUGGCCGGGAGGCGGGUGGAGAUGGCGAUUUGCUGAUGGACAGCCUGCCCGACCAAUAGAGAAGGGAGGGGGGAGCUGGUUUUGUUCUGAUUGGCUGGGUGCGGCGGGCGCCCGUUGUUUGAACCCAACGGAUGGGCAACGCGGCGGCUGUGAGGAAAGUCCCGGUGACCGUCAGCCCGCCCUCCCCCCCACCCCAGCUGACCCCUAACCCCGGACCCCGACCUCUCACCCCGGACCCUGUACCCCCAGUCCGACCCCUGACCUCCACCCCGACCUCUCACCCUCAACCACUGGCACAACCUUCACCCUCUGCCCAAAGCCGACCCACGACCCCUGCCCGAACUUCACCCUCUGCCCAAAGCCGACCCACGACCCCUGCCCGAACUUCACCCUCUGCCCAAAGCCGACCCACGACCCCUGCCCGAACUUCACCCUCUGCCCAAAGCCAACCCACGACCCCUGCCCGAACUUCGCCCUCUGCCCAAAGCCAACCCACGACCCCUGCCCGAACUUCGCCCUCUGCCCAAAGCCAACCCACGACCCCUGCCCAAACUUCACCCUCUGCCCAAAGCCAACCCACGACCCCUGUCCAAACUUCGCCCUCUGCCCAAAGCCAACCCACGACCCCUGUCCAAACUUUGCCCUCUGCUCAAAGCCAAUCCACGACCCCUGCCCGAACUUCACCCUCUGCUCAAAGCCGACCUACGACCCCUGCCCAAACUUCACCCUCAGCCCUAGUUCAAUCCACGACCCCUGCCCGUCCUUUGCCCCCUGCCCAUAGCCGACCCACGACCCCUGUCCAAACUUCGCCCUCUGCCCAAAGCCAACCCACGUCCCCUGCCCGAACUUCACCCUCAGCCCUAGUUCAAUCCACGACCCCUGCCCGUCCUUUGCCCUCUGCCCAAAGCCAACCCACGACCCCUGCCCGAACUUUGCCCUCUGCCCAAAGCCGACCCACGACCCCUGCCCAAACUUCGCCCUCUGCCCAAAGCCGACCCACGACCCCUGCCCGAACUUCACCCUCGGCCCUAGUUCAACCCUCGACACAAAACCAACGCGUUGCCGAUGUCCGCCCUUCACCUUCUGCCCAAACUCAAUACUUUAUCCCUGCCCGAUCUUCACCCUCUUCCCGAGUUCAAUCCUUGACCCCUGUCCAACCUUCGCCCUCUGCCCUGAUUCAACCCUCAACCCCUCCCCGACCAUCACCCUCCGUCAAAAUCCAACCCCGGCCUGUCCGACCCAGGUCACGACCCCUGACCUCGCCCCAUCCCCACCCCUCCAAGCUGAAGCUGGCCCAGUUCCUGAUCCAGUCCCACCGACUGACACUGCGCCUGACUCCACGGCCCCUGACCUCGCCCCUGCCCAUCUCCCCCCUCGCCCUCCCGCCCUCUGCCCCUCACACUCUCCCCUCGCAGACCCAGCCAUCACCGCCUCCUCCUCAACCCUCACACACUCACCCACCUCCAUCUCCUCCACAACACUCACACACUCACCCACCUCCAUCUCCUCAACCCUCACACACUCACCCACCUCCAUCUCCUCCACAACACUCACACACUCACCCACCUCCAUCUCCUCAACCCUCACACACUCACCCACCUCCAUCUCCUCCACAACACUCACACACUCACCCACCUCCAUCUCCUCCACAACACUCAUACACUCACCCACCGUCUCCUCCACAACCUUCACACACUCACCCACCUCCUCCACAACCCUCACACACUCACCCACCUCAAUCUCCUCAACACUCGCACACUCACCCACCUCUGUCUCCUCCACAACACUUGCACACUCACCCAUCUCCAUCAUUUCCACAACCUUCACACACUCACCCACCUCCUCCACAACCCUCACACACUCACUUGUCUCCUCCCCAGCCCUCGCACACUCAUCCAUCUCCAUAUCCGCAACACUCGCACACUCACCCACCUCUGUCUCCCCCACAACCCUUGCACACUCACGCAUCUCCAUCACUUCCACAAUCUUCACACACUCACCCACCUCCUCCACAGCCCUCGCACACUCAUCCAUCUCCACAACACUCACACACUCACCCAUCUCCAUCACAUCUACAACCUUUGCACACUCAUCUGUCUCCUCCACAAUCCUUGCACACUCAUCCAGCUCCAUCUCCUGCACAACCGUCACACACCCACCCAUCUCCAUCUCCACAAUCCUUGAACACGCAUCCAUCUCCAUCUCUCCCACAAUCCUCGCACGCUCACCCAAAUCCACGUCCUCCACAACCCUUACACGCUCACCCUCCCCACAAUCAGCCAUCUCCAUCUCCUGCACAACUCCCGCACACUCACCCUACCCAUGCUCACCCAUCUCCACAAUCGCACACUCAUCCAUCUCCCUUUCCUCCAGAACCCUGGCACACUCGACCUGCACCUACCCCCCUGCCCUCCACGAUGUCUCAGUCCUCUCACGCUCCACCUAAACCUGGACCCAGUCACCCCUCUCCCUCGCACGCUCAGCUGGCAGCACCACAGCAUUGGCACACUCACCCAUCCAUCGCACACCCACAUCCUGCACACGCUCACCCGUCAACACCACAACCGGGGCACACUCACCCACCAAUGCCACACUCCUCACACACUCACCAACCGUCCUCGCCUCCACAUCCCUCACACCUACCUCCCUCUAUGUCGUAGCCCUCGCGUCCUCACCUCUCCCCCUCUUUCCCUCACUCCUGGCACACUCACUCCACCCCCUUGACGAGCACGGGCCGAAAUGCCCUCGCACGCUCACACGUCCCUUUGCUUGCGCCCUCCCCAACCCCGAUCCAAUGACUCCGCCACAGU